AUGUACGUCUUCAAUAUUCUCGCCAUCUCAUUAGCCCUUGGUGCCUCGUCCCAUGCACAAACGACGCCCAUUGAUGUGCGCGAGGCGACCAUCGCCAGCCUGCACAGCUCCCUCUUCUCCGGCUUGACCAGCUGCCGCGACAUUGUCAGCGCCUUCAUCGCUCGAAUCCAGCACUUCAAUCCGGACAUCAACGCGAUCAUAAGCCUGAAUCCGGAAGCCCUUUCCAUAGCCGACAAGUUGGACGAUGCGCUCUCACAGGGAAAUGCUACGGGACCACUGUUUUGUAUCCCCAUUCUGCUCAAGGACAACUACGAUGCUCUCCCGAUGAGCACGACGGGCGGGUGUCUGGCCCUGAACUCGUCGAAGCCAACACAAGACGGGCCUGCCGUGCGAGCAUUCCGCAAUGCCGGUGCCGUGAUCCUUGGCAAGGCGAACCUGCACGAGUUGGCUCUUGAAGGCCUCUCGGUCUCGAGCCUCGGUGGCCAGACAAUGAACCCGUACGACUUCACCAGGACACCCGGCGGAAGUUCAGGGGGCACGGGCGCUGCCGUCGCCGCGUCGUUCGCAGUAUUCGGCACCGGAACAGACACGGUCAACUCGCUCCGAAGUCCCGCCAGCGCGAACAGCCUGUUCAGCUUCCGCCCCACGCGCGGUUUGAUUUCACGUUCGGGCGUGAUCCCCAUCUCCUACACGCAGGACACCAUCGGAGCAAUAGGCCGCAGCCUCCCAGAUAUCGCAACAGCCCUCACAGUCAUGGCAUCCACAGGGUACGACCCGGCCGACAACGUCACCUCGGCGGUCCCGGCCUCCCUACUAGGCACCGACUACACGGCCUUCCUGUCCCCAGGAUCAUCGUCCAACCUGAGCGGCGUCCGCAUCGGCGUGAUCGAAGGCUUCUUCAACCGCGCGUCCAGCAACGAGACCACCCCCGUCAACGACGCCAUGGACCACGUGCUCUCGAUCCUGCGGCAACAAGGCGCCAUCAUCGUCCCCAUCAACGACACGACAACGUACAACGCCACGAGCAUCUCGGCGCAAAUGGACGUCCAAACGUCCGAGUAUCGAGAACUGCUGAGCCAGUACCUCUCCUCGGACACGCUCACCGGCCCGCGCCCGCUGUCGAUGCCUCAGCUGUACACGCCCAACCAGACGCACCCGGAAUUCGUCGUCAUCCCCUCGCAGUACAACUACAUCGAGACGGCGCUGCGCUCGUCGACCUCCAACUCGUCGUACUACCUGAAGCAGGCCCUGAUCACGGACCUCACGCGCACGCUGCACGCGACCCUGCUCUCCAACAGACUCACCUGCCUCAUCUACCCGGAGCAGAAGAACCUGGUCAUGCCCAUCGGCUCGGCCUCGCAGUCCGGGCGCAACGGCAUCCUCGCCGCCCUGACCGGAUCGCCCGUCAUCACCAUGCCCAUCGGCUUCUCCCCGCCCAGCAGGACCGCCCCGAUCGGCAUCCCCAUCGGCAUGGAACUCCUGGGCGCCCCCUGGUCCGAGGGCACCCUUCUGCAGGUCGCAAAGGGCAUCGACGACGUGCUGCACGCGCGGAGGAUGCCCGUGACGGGCGGGCUGAAUGAGUCCGUCGAAGUCACCGCUGCGUAUGCGCACGUGCCAAGCGUGACGCCGCUGGGCGCGCGGAAUAUCCCCAGUGCGUAUCCGAUGGGCGUGUACUGA